AUGUGUAUCGACUACCGGAGGUUAAAUUCAGCAACAAGAAAAGACCACUUUCUUCUUCCGUUCAUGGAUCAAAUGCUAGAAAGGCAUGCGGGGCAGGCCUACUACUGCUUUUUGGAUGGGUAUUCCGGGUACAAUCAGAUUGUUGUGGACCCGGCGGAUCUUCCCACUCUUGAAUGCUCUACCUCUGGUUGGUUGUGCUUAAUCCCUUGA